GGAAGAGCUAUUUUUCCUAUGUGGGUGGGAACAGUGUGAAGGGGAGAGGGGGUGGUCCACCUUCCUACCUGUAGGAAGGACUUCUGCACUGGUUACCCUAUUCAUAACCAACGAGCUUUCAGCUGUGUGGGUCCAGCAGAUGUAGAUGUCAGGUUAAUGCGAUUCUGUUGACAGUCUCCGCGCGUCGAUCCCCCGGACAUGAUGUCUCACCUGUACUUCUGGAAAGUUCUGUUUCAUCUCCUUCUGUGGAAACUGAUAACGGCAGAGCAGGACUGUAUUUGCCCUGGGACAUCUAAAUGCCACUGUGAAGGAAUAAAAGGGAGCAAGGGAGAGAAAGGAUUCCCUGGUCUGCCGGGUGACCAAGGAGUAAUGGGGCUACCGGGAUUCGAAGGUCCACCAGGGCUGCAAGGGCCUAAGGGCAGUCCCGGAUUUAUUGGACAUCCAGGACUCAAGGGGGCAAGGGGUUUACCAGGUCCAGCUGGUUUUCCAGGCUCUCCAGGUCUUCCAGGUAUUCCGGGAUUUGAAGGUCCACCAGGUCGGCCAGGUAUUCCAGGAUGUAAUGGCACCAAGGGUGAACCAGGAUUUCCAGGGAUUCCAGGCAUACCUGGCAGUGCAGGCUAUCCGGGUAUCACAGGUCAUAAAGGUGAAAAGGGCAACACUGCUGCAACAUCAUAUCAUCCUCCAAUUAAAGGUGACCCUGGACAGCCAGGAUCAAUGGGACUGCAGGGUGAUUUGGGUCCUCCUGGAAUACAAGGACCACCUGGACCUCCUGGACAACGAGGGUAUUGGGGUUUACCAGGACCGAUGGGCAUUCCAGGACCAAAGGGUAUAAUGGGUCGAUCAAAUGAGGGAGAAGAAGGAGUAAAGGGGGAAAAGGGGGAAAGGGGCCUUCCUGGUCCUGAAGGAGAUAUUCAGUUUGAAUUAAGAGCACCUCCUCCACACGGAGACAAAGGAGAACCUGGACCUAAGGGUCUUCCUGGCCACCCUGGCCCCAGAGGGCUCCCAGGACUUGACUUGCCAGGCCCUAAAGGAGAAAGAGGUGAAUCUGGUUCUCAGGGAAAGCCUGGAAAAGAAGGUAACCCAGGAGACCGAGGUUAUCCGGGACAACCAGGGGAUCCAGGUUUACCAGGACUACCAGGUUUUCCAGGUUUAAAGGGUGACAAAGGCUAUACGGGUCAACCAGGAAUGCCAGGCCCAGUAAAAUACGCCAUUGAUAUACCCUGUGAGAAGGGAGAUAAAGGUCAGCCAGGAUUAACAGGAUUAAAGGGGUCUAAGGGCCUUCAAGGUGAAAAAGGAUUUCCAGGCUGGCCAGGAAUAAAAGGGAAAUCACUACCGGGAAUUCCUGGACAACAAGGUGAUUACGGUGAAAUUGGUCUUAAAGGAGAACCUGGUCAGCCUGGCGAGAAUGUUGUGGGUGCGCCAGGGUUUCAUGGGCCCCCUGGACCCCCUGGCUUUCAAGGCGAUCCAGGUUUACCAGGCAUCCCAGGUGACAUAGAACCAGUAUUUGGACCAGCAGGGUUUCGUGGACUCAAAGGAAUAAUAGGACCUCAAGGAGAUCAAGGAAAUGAGGGUUACAAGGGUAAUAAAGGCACUGCAUGCCCACGUUGUGAAAGUGCUAACUUGCGUUGUGGCCCACCUGGAUGUCCUGGAAAACGUGGUCCCCCUGGUCCUCCUGGUGAUCCAGGGAAAUCAGGCGUAAAAGGUAAUGCUGGAUUUCCAGGAGCUGCUGGGAAUUACGGCCCUCGGGGUGUGUUAGGUAUUCCAGGUGACAAAGGUGAGAAAGGCCACAAAGGUUACUCAAUGAGCAUGAGAAUUAAAGGAGAAAAGGGGGACCAUGGCUUCAUGGGUUUCCCUGGUGAUAUUGGCUCCAAAGGUAGAGAUGGCACACCUGGAACUCCUGGUGCAAAAGGAAAAAAAGGAUUCAAAGGAGAUUCAGCAAAUUCAGGACCCAAAGGAGAUCAAGGUUCAACUGGAACUAAAGGAAUCGCUGGUCCUCCUGGACCAGUGGGUCUUCCAGGAUCACCAGGUCAUGGCCCAGAAGGUUUUCCUGGUCCCAAAGGAAAUAAAGGAGUGCAUGGAGUAAAUGGAAUAGCUGGAUCACCUGGGCCCAAAGGAGAUUCAUCUGUUAUAAAAGGUAUGCCAGGACCACCAGGUCCUCCAGGUGGAAGAGGGUUGCCAGGCUUUAAAGGACAAACAGGUGUGACUGGACCUGUAGGUUCUCCUGGAAUUCCAGGUUUUCCAGGAUCAAAAGGAGACCAAGGUAUGCAUGGAAAAGGACAUCCAGGACCCCCAGGUCCUAAAGGUAACAAAGGAUAUGAAGGUCCAAAAGGAAUGUUGGGACCUCCAGGUGUUCCUGGCAGACGAGGGCUAGAUGGAUUCCCAGGCCUCCCAGGAAAUAAGGGUGAUAAAGGAGUAGGUUUUCUUGGUAUUCCUGGUAUGCCUGGCCUUGCAGGUGAAGAUGGAGACUCAGGAGCUUUGGGGGAUUCCGGGGUGGAAGGAAGCUCUGGAUUUCCAGGAGAAACUGGACGUGACGGAAUGCGAGGAGUGAAAGGAGAAAAUGGUAUCCCUGGUCCUAAAGGGCAGCGAGGUUGUCCUGGAGUAUGUAAAGAAGGUCCACAAGGCUCUACUGGUGACCAAGGCCGAGACGGGCUUCCAGGCCCACAAGGAGGAAGAGGACAAGAUGGAUCUAAGGGUGAGCCAGGUGAUCCUGGUUUUAGCAAUCCUGGUCUACCGGGGAAGGCCGGUCUUCCUGGUCCCCUAGGGCGUACUGGAGAUCCAGGACUUUCAGGUUAUAAAGGGCACCCAGGCUCCCCAGGAAUUCCAGGUGUAGCAGGACCAAGGGGAGAUCCUGGAGUUAGCGGACGUUCAGGUGACCCAGGACUUACAGGUUCACCUGGAAAUCUAGGAUAUCCUGGAGCAAAAGGAAUACCAGGGCCUGAUGGAAAUAGAGGAGAAAAUGGCAACCCUGGACCAAGAGGUGAAAAUGGAGAGAGAGGCCCUGAAGGUCAUUUUAUGACUUUUGAGUUUCCGGGUGAAAAAGGAGAACAAGGAAAUCCAGGAGAACUAGGUGAUGUGGGUCCAAAAGGUGAUAGAGGAUUAACUGGUCUUCAAGGAGCAAGAGGUCUCCCUGGUAGGAAAGGUGAUUCUGGUCCACCAGGCCCUCAAGGAGAUAAAGGACUUAGUGGUAAUUCUGGAGUACCAGGAUUCCCUGGGAUGCCAGGAGAUGCAGGCGAAAUGGGACCAUCAGGUGCAAAAGGAAGUAAAGGCUCCCCUGGACUACCAGGAAUGGAUGGCUCCCCUGGUCCUUGUGGGGUACAUGGGCUCAAAGGUGAAAAAGGAAAUCCUAGUGUUUUACGAUUUGGUCCUCAAGGGGAUACUGGCCCAAAGGGUGACCAGGGGUGGCCUGGACCUGCUGGAAGAAAAGGAGAACGAGGACAGCUAGGACCUAGGGGACAACCAGGGUUACCUGGGAAAACUGGUGAAAGAGGAGACUCUGGAGGAAAAGGAAUGCCAGGAAUGCCAGGUUGUGCUGGGGACAAAGGUGAAAGUGGAAGAAGAGGUAUUCCAGGAUUUCCAGGACCAAAAGGAGUUUUUGGUCCCUCUGGAGUCUCUGGAGUUCCAGGCCCAAUGGGAAGUAAAGGAAACCCAGGUGAAGAUGGCAUCCCAGGACCACCGGGAAAUAGAGGAGACCCAGGCAUUUCAAAUCCAGCAUUUCCUGGUCAAAGAGGUGAACCUGGUCAGAAAGGCACCAAGGGGAGUAUUGGAACAGCAGGACCACCAGGUCCUCUUGGUGACCCUGGCUCUGCAGGAGACCCAGGUAUGCCUGGAAUUCAAGGAACUCAAGGACCUUCAGGUCUAAAAGGUGACAAAGGUAUAUGUUAUACUGGUCCAAAGGGAGAGAGAGGUCUGCCAGGACCACCAGGUCCCAGAGGUAUUCUUGGAAAUGUUGGACCACCUGGGCUGCCUGGUAAAGGAAUCAAGGGUGAUAAAGGUGACAGAGGUAGAAAUGGUACCCAGGGCCUACCAGGACCUUCUGGAGAACCUGGCUUACCAGGCCAGAUAGGUGAAGAAGGCAGGCCAGGUCCUCCUGGCAUUCAAGGUGACCCUGGUCUCCCAGGAUAUCCAGGAAAUCAAGGAUAUAAAGGCAACAGAGGAUGGCCAGGACCUGCAGGGAAUAAAGGGACACAAGGUCCACCAGGGCCUAUUGGUCCCAGAGGAAUUCCUGGAGAUGCAGAUGUCUCUUACAUUCCUGGAGAUAUGGGACGCAGGGGACAGCAAGGACCUCCUGGUCCAGUAGGAGACCGUGGACCACCAGGCCCAGAUGGAUUACCAGGACCAAAGGGUGCCAAAGGUAAUCCUGGCUGUUAUGGGGCUCCAGGUAAACCAGGACCAGCUGGGCCAAAAGGAGACAAGGGACAUCGAGGCCCUAAAGGAGCCAAAGGACAUGAAGGCGCACCUGGAAGAAAAGGUCCCAAAGGGAAAUCUAGUAUCCCUGUGUUUGAUCCUGGCAUGAGAGGUUUCAUUUUUACUCGUCACAGCCAAACAACACAAGUGCCAACAUGCCCUCACAAGACUUCACAGAUUUACAGUGGCUAUUCAUUGCUUCAUGUUCAAGGAAAUGCUAAAACAAAUGGGCAAGAUUUAGGGACUAUUGGCAGCUGUCUGCAGCGAUUCUCCACAACCCCAUUUGUGUACUGUACUAGCAGUGAUGAAUGUCAUUUUGCUUCCCACAAUGAUUAUUCCUUUUGGCUUUCCACUGCACAACCAUGGAGUAUGGGCAUGGAUCCCAUUUCUGGCAGAGAUAUACAACCAUAUAUUAGCAGAUGUACCGUGUGUGAAGCUCCUUCAAUGGUAAUAGCUGUCCAUAGCCAGACUGCUUCAAUUCCUGACUGCCCCCAACACUGGAUGCCACUCUGGAGAGGUUACUCUUUUGUAAUGCAUACCAGUGUAGGUUCUUUAGGCUCGGGGCAGUCAUUGGUAUCUCCUGGCUCCUGUCUACAAGAGUUUCGUGUCGUACCCUUUAUAGAAUGUCAUGCAAAUGGGACAUGCAGUUUCUUUGCAAAUUCGUACAGCUUCUGGUUGUCCAUAUUAGAGCCAUCACAAAUGUUUAGGAAACCUCAGCCCCAAGUUUUAAAAGAAGAUGAAUUCAAGGGCAUUAUCAGUCGCUGUCAGGUCUGCAUGAGAGUUUAGAAGGUCAUGGACGCGUAGACCAAACUGAAGCUAUGAAGAGAUGCAUACUAUGCAGCUGAAUUAUGUUGACAUUUCCAUGGAUUUUGGUAUACUGUAAAACAAUGACUGAUGGCCAUCACCCUGCAGCAUCAUGAAAGUCUGCAGUAUUUCUGUGGAGAUAAAAAUUGAUAGUAUAAAGCAUUGUUUACUGCACUGUUCUGCUUCCCUAAUGGAUGCCACUAUGAUUAAGUUUGACUAAAUAUCUGUAACUGCCCUUUAUUAUACUACAGCCUGUGAGGACUAGUUAAUUUAUUAAAAAUAUUCGACUCUUGUAUGGGGCCGCAGUGAGCAACAAGAGUUUUAUUUUUUUUUCAAAUGCAUUCUAUUCUACAGGUAAUACAAGUCACAGUUGCAUAUUACCCCUAAUUUCCCCACUAAGUACCAACAUUCUAAAGUGCUAAUACAUUAUUAGAGGCCACCAGAGUUCAGAAUGCUCUUAGCUAGAAAAGUAUUGGGACAUGAGCCAGUUUCAUUGUAGACCACCCUGUAAGUCUUCCGCACUUUCCCCAGGCAUAUAUUUAGGUAUGUCAGACAUUUGGUAAUCUUACAGAAUAUUUGUCCCUGUCUACUUUUGUCAGUCACGCUGUCACUUUAAGUAGGUCAAAAGAGUAAGCUGUGUUGGAACCAGGGCACAGGGAGAAUUUUAAAUGCACUAAAUAUUUAAUAUAAUGCUUCAAUGUGGUUAUUUGUCAUGUUCUUACAUAAAGAAACCUUAAAUUGGCUCAAAGAUAGUUCUUUACUACAUAGAGAAUACACAAGAAACCUAGGUACUAAAAUCAGUAUUUAGUAAGUCUGUAUCAUUUUCUCUCAACAAAGUGAUGAUACAAUUUUGUGUGUAUGACAGGUAGCAGGUGACCAGUGCUGCAAAUAGCAGAAUCUUCAUUACCUGCCUACCUGCUAGUGUUGUACCCUCAGUAACGAAAGCAUCCCUUAAAGGCAGAGUUAGUAAAUGGCAGGAUAGGAAUAUCUGACAUUCCAAGGUUAAGAGUGUUCAAAAAUCAAUACUGCCAUUACAGACACACACAAAAGAAUAAGGCUGCAAAGAAGACACCAGGUACUUAUUUAUGUUGUUUUGACUUCAUGUUGGGCUUUGAAGGUCAGCAGCCUGAACAUGAAAGUAGUUUUGCACCUAGUCAGUAAGUGCAUUGAUUUGCACAAUGCAGUGCUGGUCAUCAGUAUAGUGGCUAUAUUUUGCACUGAUUUUAAAAUGUGCAUUGUAGUGUUCACUGUUCAAUGCGACAUAUAAUAGUAGUGUGCACUACUCCGGCGUGAUCCUACCAAGUUAAAAAAAAAGAAAGAAGAUGGGAAAAAUUCUUCUAGCAACAUGUUUGAAUCCCUCAACUUAAGCAGUAAAAAUGAACUAUCAAAAACUAUAAAAAGAACAUUUCUGGCAGCUAUUUUAUUAUUUAAUCUAGAUCAUCAAUUGAUAUUUCACUCUGCACUCAUCGAGUGUGUACCAUUAGUACCCUAGUUUGCCUCCUAAAAUUUAUCAUUAGUAUGUCAGUGUUAUCCAAAGCCAGCCCUUACUGACUUAGGAAUUUCUGAUAGCCUCCUUUUAGCACACAGAAACUUUAGAAAUCAUGUAUGAGACCACAGUGGGAACAAUAUACUAUUAUCUGUGCAGUACACUAUGCAUUCUGAUGACCUUCACCUAUGACAACAUGUGAACUGUAAAUAUUUGCAUUUAACGAUUUGAGGAAUUCCACAACAGGGAGAGACAGUUGGAAAAUUCUGUUCUAAGCUACUUGCACUGCCAUUUAUCUCAAAUCAUUUUAGGACCCAAUGAUAUUAUCCAUACUGCUUUUUCUCUGGAUAUAAAUAAUAUUAUGGCGCAAAGGUAAAACUGGCAAGAAAAUGUCAAGGUGAAGUACUCUCUGAUAUGUUUCUUCCUAAGAAGGUAGAGAUAUCAGAUAAGCAACAUUACAACAGAAGAAAAGCUUUAUUGGCCAGCAAUAAUCAGCUAUUUCAAUAAUCUCUGUGUUUGUCAUGCCACUAUUGAAAUACAGCAUUGUUAUCUUAACACUUGCAUUCCAGUGUUUAUGUGACUGACAUGGUGCUACAUUGUUAAGUAAAAAAACACAAACCAGUGACCACCAAAAUAUUUUAUUGCUCCUGACGUCUCAGCUGUAUAGCCUUCAAGGAAUAUUUUACUUUAUUUGAUUUGUUUGUUAUUUUAUUGUGGUAUCGUGGAUGGUACUACAUUGUUGUCUGAUCACUUAUUUAACAUUCCAAUGUUUUAUGUCAUUGAAACAAUGACAUUGUUUCUUACCAAAUAUUUAACAUUCCAGUGUUUAUUAUGGUAUUGCAAAAUAUAUUACACCACUGAUGUAAUGUUACAUUGUUGUUUUACCACUUAUUUACCAUUUCAUUGUUUGUUCUACCACUGGAGCAAUGCAAUGCUACAUUGUUGUCCUGCCAUUUAUUCAACAUUAAAGUAAAAGUAAUGUAUUUCGGCUUUUCCCGGUUAUGGGUCGCCACAGUAGAACUCUGGUCCACUAAUGAUUGGCAGUUGAUUUUUAUGGUGCCGAGUUGCCAGCCCGAUGCCCAACUUUCAAAGAAGG